CAAUGACGGUUUAGGACUGACGUCAGUCUAGCCUUGCGCGUGCUCGAGCCUGUGGCGCGCCCUCCCGGUUCGCCCUGCAAUAUCAGCUCUCUUUAGCUUACAAGUCGGAGUUGUCUCAAUAAAUCACCUUUUAUUGGAUACGCGUAAUGGUUUUCGUGAAUAAACCGUCAACGGUCGCAUGAGAUGGCGCCCGAGAAGCGCCACGUUUUGCUGUGCUGGAUUCUGGUGUGCACCAGCGGGGCCUUGGCGAUUGAACCCGUCAGCACCAGCAUUGCAGUUGGCAUGGCAGCAGCCCUCACCGGCUUUUUAGCCCGCUACCAGAAUAUAUUCUACUAUUUCCACGAAUGCUGUCGGCCGGAGUGGAUUUCUUUUAACAAAUCAGGUUUGGAGGCUGACCUGCAGCGCAAACUGUAUGGACAGCACAUAGCAUCACGCACAAUUCUGAAAGCUGUGACUGGAUUCAUGAACAACGACAACCCGAAAAAGCCUCUUGUCCUUUCUCUCCAUGGAUCGAGCGGUACAGGGAAGAAUUUUGUUAGUCAGUUGAUUGCCCAAAACAUUUACAAGGAGGGGAUGGAAAGCAAUUUUGUCCACACAUUUAUAUCAACGUUUCACUUCCAACAUGUUGAAAAACUUGAGCUCUAUAAGAAUCAGUUACGGGAGUGGAUUAAAGGCAAUGUCACCAACUGUGCAGAAUCCAUGUUCAUCUUUGAUGAAAUGGACAAGAUGCACCCUAGCCUGACUGAUAGCAUAAAGCCUUUCCUGGAUUACUAUGUCAAACUGGAUGGAGUCAGCUAUCGGAAAGCCAUCUUCAUUUUCCUCAGUAAUGCUGGAGGAGAUGGUAUUACGCAAGCAGCUUUGGACUUCAAGAAAUCAGGGCGAAAGCGAGAGGAUAUGGAACUGAAAGACCUGGAAACACUACUCUCUCUGUCAGUUUUCAACAACAAGAAAAGUGGCUUUUGGCAUACAGACUUAAUAGACAAGAACCUUGUGGACGUCUUUGUUCCAUUCUUACCUCUGGAAUACCGACAUGUUAUCCAGUGUGCCAAAACUGAGAUGGAAGCAAGGGGCUGGGAACAAAAUCAAAAUAUUGCUAUCCAGGUGGCCCAGGAAGUUGUUUACUAUCCUAAAGAGGACAGAGUCUUUUCUGUCAAAGGCUGCAAAACUAUAUCGUCCAAACUAGAUUACUAUAAAUGAACUCAGAUUCCGAUGGAGGUGCUUUUAUUUACAGACUGUGUACACUUUGUAAAAAACUGCUCUCAAACGGAUGACAGAUGAGAGGAAAUAAAGUUAGAUUAACAACAGAGUGAUAUGGAGGACAUCAUCAGGACCUCUCUCUUACACUUAAUGGACUAGCUGCUUGGACAGCAUGAGGGCAAUGAAUUAAAAGAAGACAGAAGAUUUCAGUGAAAUCUUGGUAACUAAUCAAGGUGCGAGA